ACGCACUUUCUCCGACGUAGCUGAGAUGUAAAGCCGAGGACGUUACUCCACAAAUCACACUCGGGGCCCGAUGGAGUCGCUGCAAUCAGCUGUACAUCGUAUCUUGUUAUGAUAAACAAGUAAUGAACGGCGAAGACACAUAAUUAAACAAUGGAAGGAAUGCUGCAUAAAUGGACCAAUUACAUAAGUGGUUGGCAGCCUCGUUGGUUUGUGCUUGAUGGAGGAACUUUGUCUUACUAUGACUCCCAAGAGGAUGCCUGGAAAGGUUGCAAGGGCAGCAUUAAAAUUUCAGUUUGUGAAAUCCAAGUUAAUUCCUCUGACUCUACGCGAGUUGACCUGACCAUACCAGGAGAGCAGUACUUUUACCUCAGAGCCAUCAAUGCAGCGGAGAGGCAGAAAUGGCUGGUGGCACUGGGGACAGCCAAAGCUUGCCUUACAGACAACCGAACAAAGAGAGAAAAAGAACUCCAGGAGAACACAGAGGCGCUGAAAACUAAGAUGUCAGAACUCAGAUUGUACUGUGACCUUCUUCUGCAACAAGUUAACAAGAUCAAGGAGAAUGAUGAGCCAGGAGACACGGCGGAGACGGGCAUAGACACUGGAAACAUGGUGAAAUCGACAUGCACCACUUUCCUCAAGACUCUCGAGGAAUGCAUGCAGAUAGCAAAUCGUACUUUCGGUACGGAUGUGGCAACACAGAGUCCACCAGGGUCUCCUCCAGUAGCAGCCAUCAAACCUCAAAAGAUUAAACCUGUCAAUCAUUUAAAUCAGAACCUUGGAGAAAAAUGGAGGGAUUUGCCUGAAACCCCAGGAGAACCAAUUGCACAUGAUACCCAGAGCAUUGACUCUGGAGCAGAAGGACCAGAUGAGCCAGAAAGACCAGACAGACCAGAAGAACAUCCUUCCACACCAGACAUUGAUGCCACCAACGGCAACAGCUCAGUCAAUGAGGAGGAAGCUGAUCCUUCUUCACACACUACCCAGGAUACGUCCGAGACAGAACACUAUGACGUACCAGCAGAAGGGGACGAGGAAAACGAAGCCAACGAUCAAAAGGAGACAAAACACGAGCAGAAGCACAAUGUGGACCAAAGUCAAGAGCACGACAACAACAACAAGGAAGCGAGCACUGUCCAGCCUCAGCACCCACAGGAAGCUGUUCCAGACCAAGAAGAGGCAAAACACAAAGACGAGACUUCCAGAGAUUCACCAGAGCUGGAAGACACAGAGCAGGUGGAAACUUUCUUCAGCACAAUGAGCCACAGAUUUAGUGAUAUAAGACUGGACGACGACAAUGGUAUCCCUACACAAGAGUUUUUGGACUCAUGCUAUGCAAUAGUACCUGUAUUAGACAAGCUGGGAUCCACAGUGUUUGCACCAGUUAAAAUGGAUUUUGUUGGAAACAUCAAGAAAAUUCACCAGAAGCUGAUGUCCGACCCCGACAGUUUCCCCACGCUACAGUCCAUCGUGUUACAUGAAGUUCAGACAGAUGUUGCCCAGGUGCGCAACUCAGCCACAGAGGCUCUGCUGUGGCUCAGAAGAGGCCUGAAGUUCCUCAAGGAGUUCCUGUCAGAGGUCAACGCAGGAGAACAGGACAUCCAGGGAGCUCUAAGUAAUGCCUAUGGAAAGACCCUUCGACAGUACCACGGCUGGGUUGUGCGAGGCGUUUUUGCUUUGGCGCUGAGAGCCGCCCCAUCUUAUCAAAACUUCGCCGCUGCCUUAGUGUCAAGAGAGGGCGAUGAGCUGAAGGACGGCUUCACUAGCGGCAUGCACAGGGACCUGGGAGUGUACCUACCUGCCAUGCAGAAGCAGCUGGCCAUCCUAGACACCCUGUAUGAAGAAUACAACCUGGAAUCUGAUGAAGUGGUGUGAAACUUGACCAGAGACAGGAUCUGAGUUCAAGGAAGGAUAUGACCUGACUGCAGGGGCAGAGUAGUGUCUAAGAGCUGGAGGAGGGUGCCAGAUGCAACGAGUGCAUCUUGUGUACAGAGUAGGGUGAGCAUGUCCCGUGUCAGUGUGAGGUGUUUCCGGUGGUUGUUAAACUCUACUACAGUAGAGGGUCUAGGUUUGACGAAGGUAUCAGUGUCUGUAUUAAGGAGCAAGCAUUAACAAUGAAGACGUUACGGUCUGACAAAAUGUAGUUUUGUGGGUCUUGUUUAAAAGACCAUUGACAGUGUAGGGAUUUUAAGCCCUAUCGUACAGACUCCCACCAUAAUGACUUGUGGUGACUUUGUUACUGGUGCACAUGUUGUGGCUGUGUCGUAGUUUUUUAUGUACAGGUGCAUAAUCACAAGGUAUUUGGCUCUAGUGACAACCUGGAAGAUCAUGUGUGAUCCCCCUUGAGCUGAUCAGAAUGCAAAGAAAUGUUCAAUCAAGAUUGUCCUGCUUCCUUAAAUUCAUUAAAGAGGGAUACUCACAACUUACACAAGGCACUAUUUUGACAAGAGUAAUAUCAGAUUGUUCCAGUGCCCAAUAAAUGCCUUAAUUAUGUGAUGGGACACUUUUUCGUGCACUGACUGUUUAAGUUCAGUGGACAUUAUGAUAAUGACAUUGAUUUAGUUUCUUUCCCUGAAAUAUUUAAUAUGAUCCUGCAGGAUGACAAUGUAUGGUUUGACAUGUUGAACAAUUGCUCUAGAGACUUUCCGAGGGACCAAAAAGGAGCUGUCAUGGGGAAUGGCUUUAGCCUCUGCUGCCUACAGUACCACAACACACAAGAAUGAAAACACAAAGUGUAGCUGUUAAAGUACUGACAACUGCUGAAUACUUAAGUGGACAUCCUCUGCACAAACCUAUGCAUAAAAUGCAUUUUCAUAAUGUCUAUUUAUUACGUCUUAAGUUAUACAGUUCACAUUAAUGUCACAGGGAUCCGUUCAGUCCAGCUUUUGUGUGAAUGUAUGGACAUUUGUAGCCACAGAGCAUGUUUAUUGAUUGCAUGGUUUUAUGUAUUAAGUAACAUAGGAGCCAACAGAAACUGAAUAUAGGCCAAGGACUUAAAUUAACCAAGUUAAUAUAUUGAUAGAGAGUUAAACUACAUCGCUUCUCCUUCAUCUCUGUGCUAUGAUAACAUUCAGCUACUCUACAAUUUUUUUUAAUCACCUUGUCCAUGCACUGUUCUACAUACUUGAGUGUUAUCUUCUGUACUUAAUAUAUUAUGAUGUCACUCCAACAGUGAAAAAAAAAGUGUGGUAAGACUCCACCUCCUGGCCAAGUUAAAGUUUCUCCAUAGAGUCACUGAGCCAUUCAAGCAAAGCAGGAACAUCCUUAUAGGGCUUUUUUUAAAAAAAAAAAAACAAAAAAAAAAAACAAGACAUACCACAUAGUAUUUGUACCUUUAUUCUAACUUUUUGUUUGUGUUUUCAGGAAUGCACACAGUAAUAAUUCUUGAAGUUAGUCCUUGGCAGCAGGUUUACAUCGCAGAUGUGUAAUGGGCUGGUUCACUGUUGCAGAUCAAUUCCAAUGUUAAUCCUGAGAAUACUCCAUUGUAAUAUUGCAGACAUUUGAUUUGGGUUUUCUAUGACUGUACAUAAGAUGCUAUUUGAUUUUUACAUAAUAAAUAAUUAAGUUGUCUUAG